AAUUAAAAUUGAAAACCCUAGCUAGGUUUAUUUUUUUCUCUCUUCCUCACCGUUCGGCAUUGUGAAUCGCCAAAAUGUCGAUGUCAAAGAGUUCCAAAAUGCUUCAGUUCAUCAACUACAGGAUGCGGGUCACCAUCCAAGACGGCCGGCAGCUUGUGGGAAAAUUCAUGGCGUUCGAUCGGCACAUGAAUCUUGUCCUCGGCGACUGCGAGGAGUUCCGUAAGCUUCCUCCUGCUAAAGGAAAGAAAAACCCCAGCACCAACGAGGAACGAGAAGAUCGUCGAACGCUUGGUCUUGUUCUUCUCCGUGGUGAAGAGGUUAUCUCGAUGACCGUCGAAGGUCCACCUCCUCCCGAAGAGUCUCGUUCCAAGUCCGGCGCCGCUAAUGCCGUCCCUGGCCCUGGUAUUGGUCGUGCUGCUGGACGUGGGAUCCCUACUGGUCCUCUCGUUCAAGCGCAGCCGGGUCUUGCUGGGCCUGUUCGCGGCGUUGGCGGUCCUGCUCCUGGGAUGAUGCAGCCUCAGAUUUCUCGCCCGCCGGUUCCGCAACUCUCUGCCCCGCCCAUGUCUUACCCUGGUUCUAGUGGAGGUCCUCCUGUGAUGCGUCCGCCUGGGCAAAUGCCACCUGGAGCUUACCCUGGUCAACCACAAGCACCUCCGAUGCAACGCGGCCCGCCACCAUCGGUACCGCCACCAGCUUUUGGAGUUAGGCCACCUCAGCAAUACCAAGUCCCGCCACCACAAUUUGGUCAGAGGCCGAUGGUUCCUCCUCCGGGAUCAAUGAUGAGAGGACCUCCUGGUCCCCCACCUCCGAGGCCUGGAAUGCCUGCUCCACCUCCACCACGUCCUGGAAUGCCUCCUCCGCCUGGAGCUGUACCUGUUUUUGGACCACCACGCCCCGGAAUGCCACCUCCUCCCCAAAACCAGCAGCAGAAUCAGCAGCAGUAGGAGUGCUUUUGAUUUGGUUGAGGUGUUUAGUCUUUUGUGGCUUUGAAGCAAUCGGAGGAGGAGAGAGAACAUACUCGCCAUUUAUUAACUGUUGUUCAAUGAUUGCCUAGAAUCAAAAAGAUAAAUUGUGUUUGAUUAAGUAGUCGGAGUUGUAUUGGGGUUGUUAUUUCGGUAGUAGUAUGUACUGCAAUGGGCCUGUUUCCCAGUUAUCAUUACUGUUUGAAUAUUUUCUAGAUAUACAUAGUUGAUCUUCAAUU